CCCUCCCUCCUUCCGCUCUCACUCCCAACUGCAACCAAACAGCGAAACAUUUUCUCGCCGGACUUUCUCGGGAAAAUUGAAUCUCUCUCUCUCUCUCCAACAUCAAAAAUAUGUCGGCCGGAUUCUCCAAGUGCGCCAAAAUCCGCCACAUUGUAAGGCUCCGCCAAAUGCUGCGGCGGUGGAGGAACAAAGCCAGGGUGUCCUCUGCCAGCAGCAGCAAGCAAAUCCCCUCCGACGUCCCUUCCGGCCACAUCGCCGUCUGCGUCGGCUCCAGCUGCCGGAGAUUCGUGGUCCGGGCCACUUACCUGAACCACCCGGUUUUCCUCAAGCUCCUGACCCAGGCCGAGGAAGAGUACGGGUUCUCCAACCAGGGUCCCCUGACCAUCCCCUGCGACGAGUCGGUCUUCGAGGAAGCCAUCCGGUCCAUCUCCCGAUCCGACGGGUCCAACCGGUUGGAGGAUCUCAAGUCGAUGAAUUGCAACCCGAUUCGACGGAAGCCGUCCGAUUUGUGGACCGAGUCCCGGCCUCUGCUCGCUGAGAAACCAACAAUCUGGUGAUUCAGGGGAAUUGGGGUCGGGUGGAAUUCGGAAUCGGUUCUGGGUUUCUGGCCCUGGAAGUCGACUCGGGGUUUAGUUUAGCAUAAUUUUUUGGUUUGCUAUACGGGUUUCACUGAGUUGAUGAGUUGGGGUUGCUGCUGCUGAGUCAACCGAGCGAGUUGACGCGACACACACAGAAGACGAAAGAGUGUAUAGUUAUAUGAUUACUGUAUGCUCUCCUUUGAGGAGAAUUACCAAUGGAGAUGGCUGAAAGAACAGAGUGGUCGGGCCGAGUUGUUGACCCAUUCUGAGUCGUCCCGGGUUCGAAUCAGAGUGGAGGCGGAAUCGGCCGAGUUCGAGUCGGGUCGAGUGAGCUAGCCAGCGAAACUCUUUUUGUAAAUUCUCAAUUCUGGUCAUUAUUAUUGUUAGUAUUGAUUCGAUUGAUUAAUGGGUGGGGUAGAAGAAAAAAAGGAACAUUAUAGAGGAAAGAGAGUGAUUAAGGUCCUAAUACCAUUAUUGUUUCACCCCUCCCAUUAAUUUUAGUGGUUAUCUUUCUCUUUAAUAAUAAAACAACAAUUUAAUC